AUGAAUAAACUCCAACGAUUUUUGGAUGAAAAUGUAGAUGCUAUAAGAUUAUUACCUACAACGUUCUUCGUAAUUGGGGUAUAUCUUCUCGGGAGGCAUUUUUAUAUCUUUACUAAGUUUAACUCCGUCCACUCGAUUCCAUCUGUUGUAUACAGUCGCCAGAUACAUCUAAAAGGUUUAGUUAAAUCUAUAACUCCUACAGGUGAAUUGGAGAUUUUACAUGUGCCCAAGGUUAAACUACCUUUCCGAGUCCCAUAUGGUAAUGCCAUGAAGAUUUUUAUUCCUGUGCAGCAUUCCGGUCAAAGUAUACAAUGGUUGAAGCAAAAUAUACACCCAGGUGAACGUGUCUUUUUCAUCCCUGUAAAACCAAUUUUCGAGAAUGCAGAACUGCUGGCUAUAAUAUACAAACGAUGGUAUUUUUUAAAGAAAGAUAUAUCUUACCACCUAUUAGUUAAUGGAAUAGCCAACCACAAAAGCUUCAAUGAUUUGCCAGAUAACUUUCGCAAUAAGUACUCCUCGGCUAUAUCAAAAGCAAUUCGAAUGAAACGAGGUAUUUGGCAAGAAGACUAUAAAGUGUGGAAAUCUUGUAAAUUAUUUUUCCAAAAGAUAAAACGACUCGUGAACUUGUAA